GUAUCUUUCGAAGUGUGUGUUACAUUAUUAUCCAUGAUAUAAUUCUGGACCGCGCAUUAUAAAUGAAGUUUUAUACAGUGUUCAUAUGUGUAUCAAUCAUAAAUACUGCUUCGGCAGCUUAUGAAGACGCUCGAUGUAAAUGUGUUUGUUUACUCCCAAGCUCCUAUAUGAAUAAUACCAAAUCAUCAAAGAAGAUAUAUGUCAAGGCGAUUCCUUCUGAGAAAUGUACCUGUGAAUAUAUGUUACAAAAUGAUAAAGACCUUUGUCGUUAUUGUGAAUGCAAAUUUCAGGUUAGAAAUACCGCUACCAUAAAAGUUGUUGUUUGCCUUAUUCUAACAAUCAUUACAGCAUUAGUUUUGUAUAUGCUAUUUCUCUCACUACUUGAACCAUUACUAUCCACAAGAUAUUUAUCACAUAAAACAAUAAUUGAUAUGGGAAUAUGUUCAGAACCACAACAACCAAGUAACUUUACUAUCAAUCAACAUAGUAAUAAUAAUGACAAGAUAAAUGAUGCAAGAUCAACUAAUUCAUGGGUUAAUAUAAAUAUUCCCGUUAGUAGUAGUGACUGUGGCAAUUCAGCUGUCUAUUCUAAAGCGAUUGUUAAAGCCGUUAUUUGGGAUAAAACUAAGUUGAAUUGUAAACAAUUAAUGGAUUCCAAUUUGAGAAUAAUCAAUAACUGUUUCCCAUCACGACCUUAGUACUUUAUCACAAUUUCAUUGACUUUAUAUACAAAAUAAUUGCCGUUCAGAUAAUUUAUGCUCAGAUUUUAUUGAUUUUGUUAUGUUCACCCAUUCACUGUAAAAAGUGAGGAUUCGGUUUUACUUUCUUUAAAGCAGCUCCUUCAAAUCGGGGGCGAUUGCGUAGUCGCUCCGGCCUAAUUUCAAAUGAUCAAGUUGAAGAUCCUAAUGAAUUACAUCUUACCACAAUACCUUCUACAUCUGUCGGAGUAUCUAGUGUUGUAAAUCGUGUUCGAGAUCAACAACAGCGUUGGAAAGGAAAUGUUGAAGCACAACGUACUCGUGUCUUCAGUGAACGUAGUUUACUAAAUUAACAUGUUUUUUGACGAUUUAUUUAAAUCUCUUUCCAUCAAUGAUUUCUUUCCUGACAAUAUAACAUUAGUUAGGAGUCCUGGUUGAGUUGUCUAAAAUCUAUAUAACUGUUGAUUUUCUCCUAUAUUGUUAAUUAAAAAAUAAAUAAUGGACAAGCUUUGGAAAGCUGAAAUAUAAUUUCUAAAUCUCAUUGGAAUACUGACUCUUUGUUUAAACUAUGUGUAUAUACAAUAUUUUUUUUGGUCACCAUUAUUUAUUCGUCUCAUUAAUUGAAUUGCAUAAUCAAACUAAUAACUUUUGUUGCAUAAUCAUCAACUCGACUGUAAUUCAUUAAUAUUCAUUGUUCGGUUUUGUUUUACUUUUUCAUUCAAAUACAUUCACAAUAUGUUGAAUGUAAAAUGCAUUAAUUUGUUAUGUUGAAAUCUGGUAAAGUAACAUGAUUGCUUUGAUAUUUCUCAGUGUUUUGUAAAUAAAUCAAAUGAAUACAUUCUAAUUUAGGGAAUAUAUAU